AUGGCUCCCCCAAAUAAUAUCACACCUGACUACAUUUUCGAGGAUAUAUUUUCCACCUCUAUGCUUGAUUAUGAUAAGCAGGCAAGGAAUGCAGGAAAUCUAGUAGAUCCUAAACUUGAAGUAUCAUGUACUACCAUUCAAACAUCUUUGAAUGCAUCCUAUCUUGUGAAUUUUUUUAAAAGUGAUUGUAAACGACUUAUACACUAUUUAGACUACAUAGAACAUACGAAAUCCUCUGACAAAAAACGAAGUUGUAACUAUUUCAACUAUCUUCUAAAAGGUGUACUAACAGAUAGUAAAUGCGAUAUGAAGAACAGUAAAGAAGCUUACAAAAAAAUGAUUGAACUAACCAAAACAGGAGAUGUUAAGAAAGUUUCUGAUGUGUGCAUCACAUAUUUUGAAGAUAUUGAUGAGGAUAUAUAUUCUGUAUUGAAGCAUUUGAAUGAACUAUAUUUAUACUUUAUAAUGAAUGGUAAUAUAUGCCCAUUAAAUACUGAUUGUUUUAAUAAGUACAAGGAAUUAUCAAAAAUGUGUAUAUCCGCCAAAAACGACAGUUUUUGUGUAUUGUUAAAUAAUUUUAUGCAGAAAAAUAUAGAAAAUAUGAUGCAAAAUAUAAAUAUUAUGGAGCAAAAAAUAAAAAAUAUGGAACAAAUAAUAGAAGAAAAAGAAUUACCUGCAAUUCCAUAUCACGCAUAUUUUACAAAUACACCUACCGUUAUAUUAACUUUAAUUAUUAUGUUAUUUACAGUAUUAAUGAUAACAUUCUUUCUAUAUAAGUAUACACCAUUGGGUUCAUUUUUACAACCAACAGUAAGUAAGAUAAGGAAUAUAUGGAAUAAUAAAAAUAAAGAUCAUCUCAACAUAAUGGAUUCAUCUGAAUUCUCUCACAAUGAUUUAUUUCAUAAUAAAUACGGAAUAGGAUGGAACUACAUAGGCUACAAAUAA